CCUCUGAAAGACAAGAUGACCACCAUGCGAAAUGUCAGUAAUAUUGCCAAGUUUAACGGCCAAAAUCUACUAACAUGGAAAUUGGGCUGUUGGAUCUUAUUCCAACAGCACGACUUGGUAAAGUUAGUCACUGGAGAAGAAAUACUCCCUGUUGAGACAAAGAAUGCCGAAGGAGUAGUUACCAACACUGCUGCCAGGGCCACAUGGCUUGAAAAAGAUCUUCUUGCACGCAGUUAUUUCAUUGCGACGAUUGAAAUUGCUCAACAACGUUCCUUGGUAAACUACAAUACAGCACAUGAGAUGUGGCUACGUAUUUCAACCCAACACUUGAAGAAUGCUGCUGACAAUCAACACGCACUUGAACAGAGAUUCUUUGAGUAUCGCUUUCAUCCCGAACAUGAUGUGAUGCAUCAUAUUACCGAGAUUGAAACUAUUGCCAAUCAACUUCAAGACAUCAAUGCACCUGUCACAGAAAGCCAGAUUGUCGGCUACGCAACCAGUCAAAAAGCCUAUCACCGUUGGAGCCCCACUGAAAGAAAAAUAAAGAUUAGUAGAGACGUGAUCUUCUACGAACAAAUUAAUGACAACCCUUUUUCUUCGUCAGAACCAACUAAUUCAUUCUUCUUUGAACAAUCUCCAUUACAGCCUUCAACCACUUCUCAAAUUGAGAGGGAAACUGAAAAGUCCAACCCGGACAUCCAAUUCGAGCCAUCAAAUCCGACUGAAUUACCUACACCAGAUGUCCAGCUUGAAUCAUCCGACAUUCCCACUUCCGUACCUGAUGUCUCCACCUCAACGGAUAAUCAACCAGAAACAUCUCUACCACCAAUCAAUCCAACAGCAUCUAAUCCACCAGUGGUGGUACAACCAGCUCCCAAUACACCUGUACGCGUCUCACCAUAUCCAUUGCGGAUACGCAUAACGAAGCGCCAAUGAGAGUCCAUGCAGUCCACCAUGACCGAAGAGCUAUACGAACCGGACAGCUUCACAGAUGCCAUGCAAUCAGCCGACGCUUCUCAAUGGGAAACAGCCAUCAAAGAUGAGUAAAACUCGCUUAUACUGAAAAAAAAACAUGGUCGAUCUCAGAAUUGCCUCCUAGACGCACAGCCAUAAAAUCCCGUUGGGUCUUUAAGAUCAAGCCGGGAGCACGCGGAUCAAGCCCUUGAUACAAAGCGAGGCUGG